CCCCCUCAGUUUUGACUUCCUGGCGCCGGGCCUGCGUGGGAGAGUGUUAGAGCUGUUAGCGAUCUUCUUCAACAGCUUGCUAUGUCAACAUUUUAUGUUAGGGAUCUCACUGAGAGAUCUUGUCUGUAGUUCGGGGACACACAGUUCAUCAGGUAAAUGGUGAUCUUCUAGUAAACACCAUGUAAGAGUAAACAGUGUGAAGGAUCCGAAGGCACAUGAGGAACAUCCAUGAAAAAAGAGGAAAAGGCCAAAGGUGAGGACAACCAUCUGACUUCAAUACCGGCUGAUAACUGAGGGGAUAAGGUGAGCUUUUAUUGGGUCCUUUGAUGAAGGGGAACAGGUGCAGGUGAUUAGAAUGCCUGUGAGGGUUCGCGGGAUUGGAUGGAGGUGGGUUUUGAAGGACAGCGGUGAUUAGGUGAGCAGGAAUGAGCUGGGGAUGUGACAGCGCAAGUAUGUCUGCGGUCUGGAGGUAUUAUAAAGUUGAUGACGACAACAUUGCCAUAGCAAACUGUGAUAUGUAAACCUGGGAUUGCCCAAGUUGAGGUGUUAUUUGUUUUUAUAUUAGAUUUUUGCUAUAUUUACCAAAAAAAAAGUCCAAAAGUGAAGAAUUUCAGUUAUUUAUAGUUUAUUGUUCAAGCUUCCUCACAGUAGUGCUCUGUUUGUUAACAGAGAUGUUGAAUAUUAAAAUAAGAUGAAUUAAAUAAAAAAUAAGGAACAUCCUGGAUCUGUUUCCUCGCCCUUCUUUAUUUUUUGAUUAUGUUUUAUACAAGUAUCGAAUCUGGUUUUGGUAUCGAUACUCAAAAUCAAAUGACUCUUACUUAAGGCCAAAAAACCCUGAUCAGUACAUAUAGUCAUCACUCCACUAGCAGGUGCUUGCUACAUUACUGAUUUUGAUCCCUUUCCAAUAAUUAUUUUUAACCCGGAAGAUGGAAUUAGCUGACAAAAGCUCCAAAGUCUUCAACACACACAAAUCUGUUAAAACUUUAAAAAAGUUUUUCAGGGUGUCAAAGACAAAAGGAGAAAACAUCCUCAAAACACAUCAACAUGAUGAAGAUUCAAACUAUUCCUUGAUAAACAUUUUUCAUAAAAAUCCCAGGGUUGAUGCACUCAAAAAUAUCCUACUGCUUGUUUAAACUGAGAUUUAUGUUGAGAUUUUUUUUUAGGACAACAUAAUUGUUUUAUGUUCAAUCCACUCCAAUUUCUCAGCUUAACUUAAUCUUUUUGUGUUGGGACAACAUGAAUGACUUGAGUGGAUCCCUGCAAUUUUUACGGCGUGACAAGACCAGACAAGGCGUGCCCUGGAGUUACAUGUUCUUGUCCCUCCUCCUCAAUGUAUACUGAAUCCCCCCACACACUGUCUUCAUUCAUUGACCAUCAGGACAGCAGAGUACAGCGGUGCAUUCAUCUCCAUACAAAGAAAACAAAAGCAGAAGAAUGGAUCCCAGGCUGAAUUCUCCUGAGAAAUCUCAAUUUCCACCACCACCUAGCUACCAGGACAGUCCACCUCCAUAUACUCCAUCCUAUCCAGGCCAGUCGGUCCCACAGGCCCCCUAUGUUCAAGGGCCACAUCCAAGACAAGCGGUGGUCUCGGUGCAGCCUGCAGUUUUUGUGGCUGCUGCUCCAUUGCAAACUCCACCGCCGGAUUACCUGUGUUACUCCAUCUUCAACUUGUUUUGCUGCUGUUUCCCUCUGGGCAUCGCAGCGCUGAUAUUUUCCGUCUCUACUUGGAAUGCCAAUUCCACAGGACAGCGUGAAUUGGCAGAGAAGAACUCCAAAACGGCGCGAACCCUGAACAACUUUGGUGUUGGUCUCGGCAUCGUUUUUAUUAUUAUGGCGAUUGUCUUAAGGGUUAUAAUACAUUAAAUGCAUGUAAAAGUAUCCAUAUCCAUAAAUAAGCUGCUCUCAUUGUUGGGUGCAGAAUUUGAUUCCCUUCAUUUUAAUAGUGUGCCAACAGUGAUUAUUCGAUGUUUGAUGAAGAAAAGCAGUACUUAUAAAAACAACACUUAUUUUUA